AUGAAUUCAAUAAAAUUAUUAAACUUAAAGAUAAUUCAGAAUUUGAAUAGAUUUAAUAGUUCAUGCAAAAUUUUCAACUUCAGAAAUUCAGCAAUUCCACUAAAAUUUUUAUUCGACAAUAAUUAUAAGUUAUAUGUCCUAAAGGCACAUAGCAUAUUGACAAUUCAAAAGAGCAGAAUCAACACAAAUUCCUUAGAUAUUUCCCAAUUCAAUUUAAAAACUGAAACAUUAUUCUUUGAAAUUGAAAGUAAAUUGAACGAUCUUCUCGAUAGUGGUUUUCUUUCCGAUAUUGAUCUUCAUGAUGAAUUUAUGAAUAUUACUUUCAAUCUUAAUGGAGUGAAAAAUACUAUAGUUAUUUCAAAACAGCCAGCAACUAAACAAAUUUGGUACUCAUCACCUUUAAGAAAACCUGAUUACUUUGAAUUCAAUUCUGAUUGGAGAUCAAAUAGAACAAAUGAAACUCUCUUUGAAGCCUUGCAUGAUGAUUUAUUCAAGGCUACAGGAAUACAUGUUAAUUUUUAA